GUCUGGAGAAAGUGCAGGCCACUCCAUUUGAGGUACCAGUGUGUGCUUGUUUGUUUAUCAGUGUGAGAUGAUAGGGUCUGACCUGUCCAGUGUGUACCCCUGCCUUUCGCCCAAUGUGUGCUGGGAUAGGCUCCAUCAGACCCCCGUGACCCUAAUUAGGAAUAAAGCGCGUAUAGACAAUGGAUGGAUGGUCUGUGUUACUGAAGGCAGCUUGAGUUAAUUGGGUGUAAUUACACACCUGGCUCUAAUUGCCGCACUUCUCUCUCCGCCUACUUAACUUGCCCUUAUCCGCCCCGUCAGGUGGCUAAGCGGAAGUAAUAAAAAAAAUAAAAAAUAAAAUGGCUACGUACGGAGACGAAUCACUCGACAGCUACGUUUACUCCUCGUACAACCCCUACUCGUACAGAUGCCCCAAGCCCAAGAGCUGGAGGCAGAAGAGCUACCUGAGCGCGUACGGCGACGGCGAGGGUUACUUCAACAACUACCACCGCGCGCAGCUCAAAUCCAUCCUGUCGCAGAUCAACCCGAACCUCACACCGCGCCUGCGCAAAGCCAACACCAAGGACGUGGGAGUGCAGGUGAACCCGAAAGCCGACGCCUCGGUGCAAUGCUCGCUUGGACCACGCACUUUGGCUGCACGCCGGCGGGACGCAGUGCGCAGGCGCAGAUCGGAUAGUCAGAGUCCCGGCAGCCCGGUGAGUCCCGGGGUUCGGUUCCCGCGCACGCAGGCCGUGUAUUCCCCGAUCGCCACGCGGGGACUCGCGGCUCUCCUGCAGGACCAUGAAGAUGAUGAUAAUGAUGAUGAUGAUGAUGAUGCCGAGAAGCAGCAGCAGAAGAAGAAGAGCGGAGAAAAGACAGAAGAAGCUGAGAGCACAGUCAAGGGCGAGGAAGAGGACGCGGAGGACAAGGAACCAAAAAACACACAAACCAAACCAAAGCUUAGUCCCGGUAAAAGCGACGAUGAAAGCGAGCAGAUAAAAGUGGAUGAUGAAAUGAAGAGUGAGAAUGAGAAAAGCAGUCAGGAUGAAUCCAAGUCCAAGGGGAGAGUGCGCUUCCAGUUUUUGGAGCAGAAGUACGGCUUCUACCACUGCAGAGACUGCAACCUUCGCUGGGAGAGUGCCUACGUGUGGUGUGUUCAGGGCACAAACAAGGUGUAUUUCAAGCAGUUUUGCAGGACAUGCCAGAAAGCUUUCAACCCAUACCGGGUAGAGGACAUAACCUGUCAGAGCUGCAAGAAGGCGCGCUGCACUUGUCCAGGAACGGCACGCCAUGUGGAUCCUAAACGGCCGCACCGACAAGACCUGUGCGGUCGCUGCAAAGGCAAACGGCUCUCCUGCGACAGCACCUUCAGUUUUAAGUACAUCAUAUAGCGCAUAAUCUAUCCUCCUGACGGCGGUUCACUGCUGUUUAAUGAAUGCUUGGCCAAGGAUCUUCCAUCUGUGGCCUCCAUUGGGGAUGACCUUGGGGACUGGAACAGAAAUCUUUAAGAGGGAAGCCUUGUGCCACUGCCAAAGACUCUGGUGGUUUUUGGUUUUGUUCACUUGUGUUGAACAGCAGCAUUCCCAGUAGUGAACCAUUUUGGGGAAAAGUGGAAAAUAAAUCUACAUG